AUCCAAAAGUCAUUAAUUAACCUCAAAAAUUAUUGUAGGUUAAAAACAAAACACAUAAAAAUGAGUAAUUAACGGAUUCAAAUUAAAUUUGCGUUUAUAAAAUAGUACUGACAAUGUACACACAUAGAAUUUUGAGAUGUGCUCAUUCAAAUUACCCUAAAAUUUUAUCGCUGACUAAAAAGUUGGAAUUGCAAAAUAUCACGAAAUUUAGAGAAUCUGCCUUGUAUUAUUCAUCGCAAAAAGAGAAUGCUGCAAGCUAUAAGAUUACGAAUUUACCUGAAAAAUUAGUGUAUUCUUCACCAAAAAUAUUGCAACCAUAUUUAAAAUUAAUGAGACUUGACAAACCAAUUGGAUCAUGGUUGCUGUUUUGGCCUUGCGGAUGGAGUAUAGCCAUGGCAGCACCUACAGGGUCAUUUCCAGACCCUUAUUUACUAGCUCUGUUUGGAGCAGGGGCAGUAGUAAUGAGAGGUGCUGGAUGCACAAUUAAUGAUAUGUGGGAUAAAGACAUUGAUGCUAAGGUGGAAAGGACAAAAAAUAGACCUUUAGUUAAUGGAGAUGUCUCAACGAAACAGGCUUGGGUAUUUUUAGCUGGACAAUUGAGUGUUGGAUUAACAAUUUUACUACAGUUAAACUGGACAAGUGUAUUUUUAGGUGCAUCUUCUUUAGGACUUGUUAUUUGUUAUCCAUUAAUGAAACGUUUUACAUAUUGGCCUCAGUUAGUUUUAGGUUUUACUUUUAAUUGGGGAGCCUUACUUGGAUAUUGUGCUGUGAAAGGAUAUGUAGAUUUAUCUAUAUGUUUGCCAUUGUAUAUAGCUGGUGUAUGCUGGACAAUAAUUUAUGAUACUAUUUAUGCUCAUCAAGAUCGAUUAGAAGAUAUAAGUAUAGGUAUUAAGUCAACUGCUAUAAAAUUUGGGGAAAAAACUGAUUUAUGGUUAACUGGGUUUGCUGCUACUAUGGUCAGUAAUUUAAUAUUAUCGGGAAUUAUGAGUGAACAAACUUGGCCAUAUUAUUUAAGUGUGGCUGCCGUUGCAACUCAUUUAACAAAUCAAAUUUAUAAUUUGAAAAUAAAUAAUGGAAAAGAUUGUGCAGAAAAAUUUAUUUCUAAUGCGAAUGUGGGUCUAAUUUUAUUUCUUGGUAUUAUCAGUGGCAUCCUUUUGAAAAAAUCUGAAAAACAUCAAAGCAAAGAUUUUAUUGAAAAACUGAUAUAAUUUUUAUCAAUAAUUAUAAAUAGUAUCAACUAGUCACUAUUAUGUUUCAGAAAACUGUUAAUGUUGUUUGUUGGCCUCAUAUAAAGUGAAUAUAAAAAAUUCAUUUAAUAUAGUUCCAUCCUUAAUUAAUUAAAAUAUUUUGAUCAUAUUCAAGAAUUUAUGAUGAAAGCUAAUAAAAAUGAGAUACCAUUGAGAAUAAUUUCAUUUUACAUUCCUUAUGCUGGUGUAGUAUUUUCAGUUUUGUUAUAUCACUUUUGCUUAAAAUUGACUAAUGAUUUUGCCAAUAUCAUUUUAGCAAUGACAUAUGAAAUAUUUCGUGUACUGUACUUCAAAAUGAGAAUUCUAUUUCCAAGAAAAUGUUUUUGAAGCAAUAAUAGAAUUUAUUUCUGAAAUAGGAUACUACAGAACUUUUAGAAAAUAUAUGGAGGAUAAUAUCGAUAUAUUUUGGUUUAUUAUUCCUGAUAAGAAAUCUCCAUAAUAUUUUGAGG